AUGCCUGUAAUUACCAGGUCUAAAUCUAAACGAUGUCUCUCAUCUAUUCCAAAAGAUGUAAAGUUAUAUCUUCCCAAAGUUUCUUCCUCAGAUGACCCUCCACAAAACCUUGUUGUUUACCCAAAGUGUCGUCAGAGCCAGUCAAAACAACAGUCCAGACAACAAUCGCGAAAACAAUCUCACAAAUAUCAAGAUUCUAGCCAAGAGAAGCCUCCCGGAGGAAGCACAAACAUUCAUUUGCCAAACCUCUCUUCUACUACUAUCACUCACUGGCCUUGCCGUGCCUGCGAUUGCCCUCAAGGGGUCUUCGAAUUAUUCGUUCCUAUCUGUGUCAAUUGUGGGCACGAUAUGGACAAUCAUGAACUUCCGGAUUCCGACGCAUUUAAUCCUCUCUGUGAUUAUAUUUGCGAAAGAGAAGAGCUGGUUUCUUCAGUUCUACAACAGGCAAUAAUUAUGGGAAUGGUGGUUAUUCGUGCUACCCCUGUAGUGGGAAAGACAACCCUUCUCAAGUUACUUGGCCGCCAUAUUCUUUUUCACAAACGAGAACUUGAGCCUAUAUUCAUUACUUGGCAGCCCAAGCAUGAACGCAAUAAUCUUCCAUACCAGCAGUUUCUAGACGAGAAAGCAGUCAGCGUACAAGAAGCAAACGCUAAGCAUCGUCCACAUAACCCGAAAGCCAAAAGGAUUUUUCUUAUCGAUGAGGCUCAAGGUUCUUAUGAAGACGAAGAUUUUUGGACUCAUGACCUCAAAAACCACCUCACUAGAUCGCGACCAAUAUUUGUGCUUGCCUGUCUUUAUAGCCCGGUUGGCAUUUUCGGGAGCCAAGGCCAACGGGUCGAAUCGCGAGCUUCUAAAGUAGACACUCUCAAUCGAAUAGAAUUACGCCCAUCUAAAUCUAAUUCUUUAGGCAUGCUCUUCAAACCGGAAGAGACAUUGACCAAGGUCAGCAAAUGGAUCCAUCAGAAUGAUCUCAAACCUGAAAGUGUCGAUCGUAUAGCUAUAGCUGAAAUUGCAUAUCGACGUCUCAUCCCUGGUCCACCACCAGGAACCAAUUCAGAUCAAAUCACGCUCCAGCAAGCCUGUCUAAACGCUAUUGAAAGAUUCAGCCCAUCCGUUUUACAUCAUCGUGUUCCCUCGUCGAACAGCAGUUUUCAGUCUAUUGACAGCUGGGGUAUCCCAGAAGCUGCUUUCCAAGAUGAAAUGUAUUGUUGUCUUAAUUAUGAGCUUCAUAAUCUACCAAUUUUAUCUGAAUAUGCUGAAACCAAGGAUGGACGAAUCGAUUUCUAUAUCUUUGAUAAAAGAUGGGGGAUUGAGAUACUUCAAUCCGGUAACAAUGGAAGAUUAGAAGAACAUGCAAAUCGAUUUCGAUAUGGGGGAAAAUAUUAUAAGUGGGGUAUUUUCGAAGAAUACAUCAUUCUUAAUUUUUGUUCGAAAUCUUCUAUCGAUACUCUUCAAGUCAAAGAUAUUGAUAUACUAAAGCAUAUAUUACAUAUUGUUAUCGACGCGAAUGAAUGUACUGCGGAAGUAUAUACAUAUAACAAACAGCUACAAGCAACCUUGGAUCUGGGCGAGGGAAGACAACGAUGGCAUUCUGCUGAGCAGAGUUCAACUUCUGAAGACUUCGAUGUUUAUAUGACUCUGCGAGAUCAGAAGAUAGAAAUGGAGCAGACGAAGAAAGAGAAGCAGGAAAUGAGACAAGAAAUAAUUCAAUUAAAAUUACAACUUAAUCAGAGAUGA